AUGGAUACAAAUGGUUUAGAAUUCAAUGAAGAAGUAAAUUUAUUAAGAUCACCACCAAACUUCGAAUUCGCAGAGAAUCAUCGCGUAAAUUCAAUAUUAUUACACAUAGAAAGCUUAAAUUAUUCAUAAAGAAGUUAUAAAAAAUUCUAAAAGAUGUCCUUGUUGCAAUUAACCUAUUUAAAAUAUAAAUUAUUCCCUCUCAACUGAUAUAAAAAUAUUUAUGGCUCAUGGCACUGCAUACAAAUACUUUUUGAUGAUACAAAUUUAAUAUAUCCUUCUAACUAUAAAUUUGUAAUUUUAAUGACUAUUAUUAGCAUUGUUGCUGGAAUAUACAAUUUGAUAUAGAACUAAAAAGGAUAUUAAUGCUUGAACAAUGAAACCUGUAAAAAAACUCUGAACAAUUAUUUAUCAAUUUUAAAUAGGAUGGAAUCUGACUUGUAAUAUGAAGUCUUAUGAUAAGUUUUCAGGAUAACAUUUUGGACAGUUUAUACUUGGUCUCCAUUUUCAUCCAAUUAGCCUUCAUUCGAUAUAUAUCAUACUCUGAAUCCGAUUAUUAUAAUUUAGAUCACGAAAUAGAUGGUGAAUUAGCCAUAAAAUGCUGUUCUAUGGAGAUUUUAUUGCUACCAAACGAUUGUAGCAAAAAAUAAUUAAUGAAUUAUUUUAUAAACUUGUAAUCAGAAAGGGAAAGAUUGUAAUUUAAUGUAAUUGAUUGUUGUUUAAUUUAUGAUGAAGAGCAUUUAGAAAUCUAGUUAAAAGCUAAAAUUAAGGAAAUUUUUGCUUAAAAUAAUGAUAUGUUGAUUUUCAAUUUAUUAUUUUAGCUCUUUGAAAGAUGUUAUAAGGACAACUGUUGAUCAGAUUUUUAUUCUGCGAAAUCGAGAAUUAUUUUUGAAAUUUACUGGUAGAGUGUUUAUAACUCUCUGUAAUGAAGUAAAAAUCCUUUUUUCAUUAACUUAAGAAAGAGGCCGUUACUUUUAAGAACAUAAUCAGGAGAAAUUCUCUAGUAAUUGAUAGUCCAAGGCCAUCAGAUAUAACAUGGAGAAAAAAAAAAUCAUUUACAUAAAUUAACCUGAAAAUGGUUUUUCUCAAAAUUUUAAUAGCAAGUGCAUUAUGGAUUCCAUUGUUAAAAAUUACAUAAACAAAAAAUGAAUAUAUUUAAGCAAAUUCUGGAAAAAGUGGAUAUCAAGCUCUAAUUAAUAUACUAAUUAGCGUUUCUGUGGCAGUUAUUUCUUUUAUUAUCAUAAAAAUUAUGUUUCACUUUCAUUUACAUUUUUAUAAAGAUAUAUAAGACAUGUUGUAUAAUAAACUACUUUUGAUUUUCUUAGCACAUUUUGAAUUAAUUUUAAAUUUGAUUUAUUAUAUACUUGCUCCUAUUAAUAGUAUCAAUUAGCAAGAUUUAAAAGAAAGAAAAUAACCAAUUUGGUGUGCUGGUGGACUUAGCGAAGAUAUUAUUAGUAUCAUAUUGACUAAUUCUAUCAUACCUAUUAUAUUGAGUGUAAUAGAUGAUGAGUAUGCUUGGCAAUUAUUACAAAUUACUUAUUACAAAUAUUUUAAUACAAAUUCAACUUUAACAUAAUUUGAAGCUAACUAAAAAGUCUAAAAAAAAAUUAAUUUCAAUAUAAAAAACAUUUAGACAAAUAUUUUAAUUCAUUUAUGCUUCUAUUAUGGGUAUAUAUUUCCCAUAUGUUAUCCUGUAACUCUCAUAGCUUUAUUGAUUAUCUACUGGAUAGAUAAAUAUUAGCUUAUUAAUUAUGGAAUUAAAGAAGAUUUAAAAUUAGAAUUUUAUGCUUUUAAAUUUUAUAUAUAUUUUUCUAUCAUACUUUAAAUAUGUUCAACUCAAAUUAUUCAUGCUUUAUUGAAAGUUUAUAUCUAUGCUCGAUACUAAUUGUAUAUAUCAAUUUUUCUUUGGAUUCUGCUGUCAGCAUUAUUUUUUUUAACUAAUUUGUUUUUUAAAAAGGAAGUCAAAUAAGAUUAGACUACUGAAGCCUUAAUGAAGAGCCUUGAGCAUAACGACUCAUACUCAAAAUAUAAUCCACUCAUAGAUGAAACACUUUGGCUUAACGAAGAUUAUGAAGAGGAGGAUGAAUAAAUUGUUGAAGGAUUGCACUUAUAUAGGUUUUCAAGACAAGCAAAAUUUUAUGAUGCUCUCAAAGUGAAAUUGUUAAAAGAACUUGAAAAGGAAUUUAAAUAGGUAUUAUAAAAUUAGAUUAAUUAGAACUCAGUUUCAACUGCCAGAAUUUAGCCUCUGCAAAUAGAAACAAUCUGA